CAAAAAGGUGCCGAAGCUUAGGCGUUAGAUGAAGUUAGGAAGGAAAAUCUUUGCACAUUCCUUUUACAACAUUACAGAACAAAAAGAUCAACACUCGACCAGAAGAUGAAUGUUAUCCUGAGAAUCUUAGGCGACAAAGAAUUCAAGCACCAGAAAUGAUGGAUUCAUUAACAAUCCCCAGAAAUCUUCUUUACUAUUUCCAACAUUUGUUAGUACUUUGUUUUGUUUUGAUGUUACCAGAUAUUGUUAAUACCUCCAAAUUCGACCAUAACCAUCUCCUGAUAUACAAUCACUGUGAAAACCAGACGUCAGUUGAUCAUCAUCCUGAUUCUGUAUCGUUAAUUCUUUCACAACUUUUUCAAGAGCUCCAGGAAAAAUCAUCUACAUCAAAGUUCUUUCAGACAAAUGCAGGUGAUGACAAAAUAGCCGUAUCCGGCUUGUUUCAGUGCAGGGGUGAUUUGAGUAAUGAUGAUUGUUACAGCUGUGUGAAUAAACUUCCUGAAGUUUCAAGCCGGUUAUGUGGCGCGAGCUUGCCCGCUAGAGUUCAGCUCGCAGGUUGCAGGAUGAACUACCAGGCUGAGGGAGUUCAUACCACGAGGCGGUUACAAUUGCUUCACAAGACUUGCAGCUUAGAACAAGGGUUGUACGGAUUCCAGGAGAAAAGGGAUGCAGCAUUUGUGGCUGUCCAAGAAUGUAUUUUGUCCAGUCCAAAUCAAUAUUGUGAUCAGAUCUGCGAAUCUGUUCAUGUUAUGGCGCAAUGUGACGGGAAUUUAGGAGAAUGUGAUUGCGGUAAAUGCGUGACUACUGCAAUUAAUAUCGUUCAAGAAGAAUGCGGCUACUCAUUAGCCGGAGAGGUCUACCUGGAAGGUUGCUCCCUGAGCUAUGGUUAUCAAGAGCAUGGGAUAGUUGGUUAUGAUGGAGGGCGAUUUGGAGGCAGUUCGACCAAAAUAGUAGCUAUCGUUAUUGGUGGAAUAGCUGCAGUGGUGUUAGGAGCAGGACUCUGCUAUAUAUGCCGAGGGGGUAGGCAUAAGGAUGGUAAGUAGCAACUUCUUGCAUAGAUUCAGAGAGUAUUUUGUCCCAUUGUGCUUUUUCAAUGUUUCUGCCUUACAGGAUAUUCCGGAUGCCUAAUGCAUUGCUUCCUGAUCAAUAAUAUGUUAUUGUGCAGAGUUCUGAAAGGAGUUCUUCGAAAGGAAAAGCGCUUUUCUCAGAAGUGAUUGUAGCUCUCCACAGUAUAAGUAUUCGUCGACUUUCAUGCAAUGUUGGCAGGUUUUCCACUUGUAAGAGCAGUGUAGUUUCCUUUGUCCACCAAUCGAUUUCAGAUGUAUUAUCUUAUGUACAAUGGAAUUCUAUGUACAAUGAACUGAUGUUUCAAAGCCUCCAAGAACA